CAACACCACCGUCUUGUAUUUACUCUAUUAAUACACCUAAAAAAGCCAACUCAAAGAUUCUAAAAAAAACACGAGGAAGAGCGCUUAAACGGCGUCGUGGAGUGAGCGACACGCAUCCUUCUCUUGACAUCAGUCAUGGCCACACGCAGUCUCUUCUUCUUCAAAGCUCUUCUACUUUUUUUUCUCGUUCUCUCAGAUUCUUUUUCAGCGAGAAGCAACGGCCAAGGAGGCGUGGGAAUCAACUACGGCCAAAUCGCUAACAACCUCCCGUCUCCGUCGAGAGUCGCCGUCCUCCUCCGCUCACUUAACAUCACAAGAGUAAAACUCUACGACGCAGACCCAAACGUCCUCCUCUCCUUCUCAAACUCCCAAGUCGAUUUCAUGAUCGGUCUAGGCAACGAGUUCCUCCAGAACAUGUCGGCGGAUCCGACCAGAGCUCAGAGCUGGCUCCAGCAACGACUCCAACCGCACAUCGCCAAAACGCGAAUCACCUCGAUCGUCGUCGGAAACGAAAUAUUCAAAACCAACGACCGCGUCUUGAUCUCGAGCCUCUUACCGGCCAUGAAAGCGGUUUACUCUGCUCUAACCGGUCUCGGUUUAGAGAAACAAGUAACGGUAACUUCCGCUCAUUCCCUAGACAUGCUUCAGACAUCUUACCCGCCUUCCUCCGGAUCGUUCAAAGAAGAGUUUGUACAGUUUCUUCAACCUAUUCUUGAUUUUCACUCUCAGAUCAAAUCUCCUUUCUUGAUCAACGCUUACCCUUUCUUCGCUUAUAAAGACAGUCCCAAAGAGAUUCCCCUAGAGUAUGUUCUGUUUCAGCCGAACCAAGGGAUGGUUGAUCCUAACACGAAUCUUCAUUACGACAACAUGUUGUUCGCUCAAAUCGAUGCGCUUUAUGCGGCCAUUAAGACGUUGGGACAUACUGACGUUGAGGUUAGGAUCUCGGAGACGGGAUGGCCUUCUAAAGGAGAUGAGAAUGAGAUCGGAGCUUCGCCGGAGAACGCGGCGCUUUAUAACGGGAACUUGUUGAGGUUGGUCCAGGAGAGGAAAGGAACUCCCGGGAAGCGGUCUGUUCCGAUUGAUGUUUAUGUUUUUGCUCUUUUUAAUGAGAAUCUUAAACCCGGUCCGACUUCUGAGAGGAAUUAUGGGUUGUUUUAUCCGGAUGGUAAACCGGUUUAUAAUGUCGGUUUACAGGGUUAUCUUCCUGAUAUUGUAUACAGUUCAACCGCAAGUUCAAUCAAGACUUUGAAUUUGUGGAGAGCCGUGAUGGGUUUGGCUGUUGCGGUGUUGAUAGUACUUCGUAUGGGGUCAAAAUGAGGAUGCCCUUAAUAGGUUUAUUUUUGUUUGUUUUACAAGAAAGUCAUUGUUAUGGUUCUAGUUAUAGAUGAGGUAUACAAUUCUUUGUCAUGUAUUGGAUUCACAAAUAAAUAAAAAAUUGUUCUGUAUGGAAAAUCGUUAUAAAAAACCUUGUUAGUUUUGCUGAAAGCUGAAUAUGCGAAUACUAUCCAUUCCAUUUAA